UCAUACUUUUUACUGUUCGACAAUACGUAUCUGUCUCUGUGGAUUGGAUACCGUCUUCGGACCUUCAAUUCGAGCUAAUUGAAGAUAUGUCUAAAUCAAAAUCUAUGAUGUCUAUCGUGGUCUCGACUUGUUAUUAAUUGAUGUUUCCCUCUCAAAUUUUGUCUCCUUUGGAGUUUGAUAAAAUGUCUAAAUCAGUCAGCGUUUCCCUAAUUAUUCAUCGUGAGCUAUUUUCUAUUCAGAAAUGGGUAAUUGAAUGGCUCUGUAUGCUGCGCCUUUCUAAUUCUUUCCACUCUUUCUUCAGACUAAUGUUCUGUAAACCUCGUUCUCACACCUUAGCUUGCCACCGCGUGUUCUAGAAUAUUGUUUAAAAAAAAAAAAAGAAAAGAAAUUUGACGUGUAGCACAUUUUUAAGCGCUUCCCGGAAGGAAUUGCUUGCAGCUAUCACUCCGACCUCAAUUGAUGCAAUGGAGAGUUGGAUUUAUGAUGACAUAAACUUUCGGUAUAACAUUUAACGGUGAGCUUGAACCAUGGAUAUUAUUGACGUUGAAGAAAAUCUAUUUGCUGCGAGUGAUGCUAAGCUACAUGGAGGAAUGUGCAAGACUCUUUCUGCAUUAUAUUGUAAAGUACUAUCAAUUUUCCCUUCAUUGGAAGCUGCACGACCUCGGAGCAAAUCUGGUAUUCAGGCAUUAUGUUCAUUGCAUGUAGCACUUGAAAAAGCCAAGAAUAUUCUUCAACAUUGUUCAGAGAGCAGCAAACUUUACUUGGCUAUAACUGGGGACUCUGUCCUGUCAAAAUUUGAGAAGGUAAAAUGUGCUCUAAAAGAYAGUCUUAAACGUGUUGAAGAUAUUGUUCCUCAGUCAAUUGGCUACCAGAUCCAGGAGAUUAUGAAGGAACUGGAGAGUACGCAAUUUUUCCUAGAUCCUAUGGAGAAGCAAGUUGGUGAUGAUAUUAUUCAAUUACUCCAACAGGGACGAACAUUCAGCAAUACUGUUGACACCAAUGAGCUUGAGUCUUUUCACCAAGCUGCUAUUAGACUUGGAAUAAACUCCUCAAGAGCAGCUCUUGCAGAGAGAAGAGCACUAAAGAAACUAAUAGACCGGUCUCGCACUGAAGAUGACAAGAGGAAGGAGUCAAUUGUAGCAUAUCUUUUUCAUCUCAUGAGGAAGUACUCCAAGUUAUUUAGAAGCGAGAUACCAGAGGACAAUGAUUCACCGGGUUCUGGACCUUGUUCACCCACUGUUCAGAGCUCUCUCGAGGACAGUGGACCUGGUGAAAAUGGUCAAGCCUUUGAAAGGCAGCUGACAAAGGUUGGUUCCUUUACUUUCAAACCAAAAAAUCGCAGAUUGGAGCAGAUUCCCCUUCCGCCUGAUGAGUUGAGGUGUCCUAUAUCACUGCAGCUAAUGUAUGAUCCAGUCAUAAUUGCUUCCGGGCAAACAUAUGAAAGGCUUUGCAUUGAGAAGUGGUUAAGUGAUGGCCAUAACACCUGCCCAAAAACUCAACAGAAACUCUCUCAUCUUUCGUUGACACCUAAUUACUGUGUUAAGGGUCUGAUUGCUAACUGGUGUGAUCAGCAUGGCGUUCCUGUUCCUGAUGGGCCCCCAGAUAGUCUUGACCUCAAUUACUGGAGGCUUGUGUUAUCUGAAUCAGAGUCUCUAAAUUUGCCAUCUAUGGACACUGUUGGUUCUUGCAAGUUGAAAGAUGUUAAAGUCGUUCCAUUAGAAGAAAAUGGUACAACUGAGGAGAUUGAAGAAAAUGAAGUGGUGGAUGAUAACUCUGCUGAAGAACCAGAGCCUGAUAUAAAUAUGCUUACUAGAUACGAACAAUAUUUGAAACUUUUGAAUGAAGAAGUUGGCUUGAGAAGAAAGUCAACUGUGGUGGAGCAAAUAAGGCUGUUACUGAAGGAUGAUGAAGAGGCGAGAAUUUUUAUGGGAGCUAAUGGAUUUGUCCAGGGACUUCUACAUUACUUAGAGACAGCUGUGAAAGAACAAAAUGCCAAGGCUCAGGAAAGUGGAGCAAUGGCUCUUUUCAACCUUGCUGUCAACAACGAUAGGAACAAGGAAUUGAUGCUGGCAGAAGGAAUGAUUUCAUUGUUGGAGGAAAUGAUUAUGAACCCAAAUUCCCAUGGAUAUGCAACCGCCCUCUAUCUCAACGUUUCCUGCCUGGAGGAAGCGAAAACUAUUAUCGGCUCGAGUUGUGCGGUCCCAUUCUUGACACAACUUCUCCAUGCUAAUACCGAAACACUGUGCAAGCUUGAUGCCCUUCACACUCUCUACAAUCUGUCGACCGUGCCCUCUAACAUUCCCAACCUGCUUUCUUCUGGAAUCAUCAGGGGUCUUCAAUCUGUUCUUGCAGCCCCUCGUGAUCGAACAUGGACUGAAAAGUGCAUAGCGAUCUUGAUAAAUUUGGCUUCAAGUGAAUCUGGUAGCGAUCAAAUGUCAUCUACUCCAGAACUUAUCAGUGCGUUGGCAACAAUAUUAGACAAUGGUGAACCCAUUGAGCAGGAACAAGCAGUGUCAUGUCUCUUGAUUCUGUGCAAUGGGAAUGAGAAGUGCAGCGAGAUGGUCCUACAGGAAGGCGUAAUUCCCGGGUUGGUGUCGAUGUCUGUGAACGGCACAGCAAGAGGCAAGGAGAAGGCUCAAAAGCUACUGAUGUUGUUCAGGGAGCAACGACAACGGGAGCCACCAACACCGACCCCGACAUUGACAGACCAGCCGGAGAGUAGCGGGACAUCAAUGCCUGGGGCAGAAUCAAAGCCACUGUGCAAGUCAAUUUCAAGAAGGAAAACGGGAAAAGCUUUUAGCUUUUUAUGGAAAAGCAAAAGCUAUUCAGUGUACCAAUGCUGAAGAAAAAGGUUCAUUGGUGUUGUAAAUUUUUCUUUUUCAUUUUUCAUUUUUCAUUUUUCAUUUUUUUUGGGGGGGUUUUCGUUUAUUCUGAAGAUGAGAUGUACAGGCCACCUGUAAUUAAAUCAUGGAGUUUUGGCUUCGAAUUCCCUGUUUCGUUUCUGAUAGAAUACAUGAUGGACCACCGCCAAACCGUGUUCCUUCCUUCA